CGAGCACGAGAUGAGACGGCCGCUGCCAAUGCUGCCAUUUCUCUUUCCUGGUUAAGAAAAGCCAAAAAACCUCCUGGCAAAAAUGUCUGACGUGGAAACCGACGAUGUUCCCUCUGCGGCGAUUGCAGGACAGAUGGAUGUUAACACAGCCCUCCAGGAGGUUUUGAAAAAUGCCAUGAUUCAUGAUGGUGUUGUACAUGGUCUCCAUGAAGCGGCUAAGGCUCUUGACAAGAGACAAGCCAUGUUGUGUAUCUUGGCAGAGAAUUGUGACGAACCUAUGUACAAAAAGCUUGUUCAAGCACUGUGCAACGAGCAUCAAAUUCCUCUGAUAAAAGUUGACAACAACAAAAAGUUAGGUGAAUGGGCAGGACUUUGCAAAAUUGAUAAUGCUGGAAAAGCUAGGAAAGUUGUUGGCUGUUCCUGUGUAGUGAUUAAGGACUUUGGAGAGGAAACUCCUGCCAAAGAUGUUCUUAUGGAAUACUUGAAACAAAACACUGUACAUUAGGUAUCUUUUAAUAAAAUUUAUUGAAAAAAAUCAGAGUACUUAUUUUAAAGUAAAAAUUUAAU